UCCGGAAACUGCUCGCCCCUGGGAACCCGGUUUUCCCGCGUAGGUUCCGGAAGAGCUCGGUUCCGUAGCCGAGCGCGCAGGACAGGCGCGGGUAGCUGUAGCGAAGAGCUUUGUUCCCGGCACGUUGUUGACCCUGCGCGCUCCGAGUGGCCGGAGCCCUGGUGGCGCGCGCGCCGGGGACCCGCGGGGGCUGAGCACGGGUGUGAUCGCUGCCGCCAGAGCUCCGGGGCUCGUGCGUCCUGCGUUGCCUGGGGCGGCCCCAGGCAGCAGCAGCUCCCGCGCCGUCCCUGCGGGGUAGGCGCAGCGACUGGCAAGGCGGUGCAAUGCUGGGCCCGCCCGGGAGCCCGGGAAGGGAAAGCGGAAGCCGCGCACCCGGUCGGUGACCGCGCGGAUUGGGCGUCUCGCCCCAGCUGCCCGCAGCACCCGCGUCUGCCUUCGGCUGCCGGUCCCGCUGCACCCUGCGCGCCGCGACCAUGGCUAUCGCCCACUUGGCCACGGAGUACGUGUUCUCGGACUUCUUGCUGAAGGAGCCCACCGAGCCCAAGUUCAAGGGGCUGCGGCUGGAGCUGGCAGUGGACAAGAUGGUCACGUGUAUUGCCGUGGGGCUACCUCUGCUGCUCAUCUCGCUGGCCUUCGCUCAGGAGAUCUCCAUCGGUACCCAGAUAAGCUGCUUCUCCCCGAGCUCCUUCUCCUGGCGACAGGCCGCCUUUGUGGAUUCGUACUGCUGGGCCGCUGUACAGCAGAAGAGCUCUUUGCAGAGUGAGUCCGGAAACCUCCCCCUGUGGCUGCACAAGUUCUUCCCCUACAUCCUCCUGCUGUUCGCCAUACUCCUGUACCUGCCCGCGCUGUUCUGGCGCUUCGCCGCGGCUCCACACCUCUGCUCAGACCUGAAGUUCAUUAUGGAGGAACUUGACAAAGUCUACAACCGCGCCAUCAAGGCUGCAAAGAGUGCUCGAGAUUUGGACCUGAGAGACGGGCCUGGACCCCCAGGAGUGACGGAGAAUCUGGGGCAGAGUCUGUGGGAGAUAUCUGAAAGCCACUUCAAGUACCCAAUCGUGGAGCAGUACUUGAAGACAAAGAAGAACUCUAGCCAUUUAAUCACGAAAUACAUUAGCUGCCGGCUGGUGACAUUUGCGGUUAUCCUGCUGGCUUGUAUCUACUUGAGCUAUUACUUCAGCCUCUCCUCACUCUCGGACGAGUUUCUCUGCAGCAUCAAAUCAGGCGUCCUGAAAAACGACAGCACCAUUCCCGAUCGCUUCCAGUGCAAGCUCAUCGCCGUUGGCAUCUUCCAGCUGCUGAGCCUCAUAAACCUCCUGGUGUAUGCUCUGCUGGUUCCCGUGGUCAUCUACACAUUCUUUGUCCCGUUCCGGCAGAAGACAGACGUUCUCAAAGUGUACGAAAUCCUGCCCACCUUCGACGUUCUACAUUUCAAGUCCGAAGGCUACAACGACUUGAGCCUCUACAACCUUUUUCUUGAGGAGAACAUAAGUGAGCUCAAAUCGUACAAGUGUCUGAAGGUGCUGGAGAACAUUAAAAGCAAUGGGCAGGGCAUUGACCCCAUGCUGCUCCUGACAAACCUGGGCAUGAUUAAGAUGGACAUCAUUGAUGGAAAAGUUCCCAUGUCCCAACAGACCAAGGGAGAGGACCGGGGCAGCCAGAGAGUGGAUCUCAAAGAUUUGGACCUGAGCAGCGAGGCUGCAGCAAGCAAUGGGGAGAAGAACUCUCGCCAGAGGCUUCUGAACUUAUCCUGCUAAUGGUUUCGUUCUUGAAUUUCAAGCCUGUGACUUCCGUGGCUCACGCACCCCUGGUGGAUCCAUAGUUUGUUUGCAGUAGAUGUUUUUGGUAUUGACGUAGUGUGUGUCCUACCGGUCUCUACUAGAUAUAAUGGCCAACAGCGUCAUGGAAGAAUAGAUUAGGAACGUCCCACAAGACAAAAUACGGAAAUGCGUAAGUGUGCUUUGUGUAAAGUCCUCACUGAAGGGCCGUUCAGAGCACAGAGCCUUCUAGUCUCAGAGAAGCACCGUUGUGCACCGGCAGUGCUGCCAGACUGGAGCUUCGAGAGAGCAAGCACUUUGGAGGAUGCUUUGUUUUGUAAGAUAAUAAUAAACCUGUCAGGAUGUAAUUUAAUAAAUAAAUAAACCCUCUGUGUGCCCUUACUGACUGUUGGACAAGAAAACCGUUCCCUGGCCUGCCAGGGAAGGCGACCUGCAUGAGGCAGUGUCCUAAGUUGGCUGUGACCUGAGUCUCAGCUCCUGUACAGCAAGCUGUUCUGUUACCAGCCUCAGCUAAUUGUUAUCCUCUGACAUUGCUUACUGCCCUUUGACCUCUGCAGGGACAACAGGCUGAGGCAGUGCUGACUGAACCCAGUGACGGAGACAGUCACACCGUGGUGUGACCCAAUGGGAAGCCUGAGUUUAGAGGUUAUCGAGAGGUGUCAAGGCGUGUGAGACAGAACAGAUUUUCCUGAAGCACACGAGGAGACCACAGCAAGGGGCACUGCCCAGCGAGAGCAGAGAAUGGAACUGAUACAACAGUGGCCUCGGCCAUUUGUUUAGAGUCAGAUUGAUUAGACUUAAGCCCAACUUUUAAAAUUGCACAUUGAUUUGUAUAAUUGAAGUCUUUUGAGAAGAACAUUCCAGCACUGAUAAACAUUUUGGAAUAAAUUCUACGUAUGGGAGGUUAGAACAGAUCCGCGCAUUGCUUUAUGAACAGUUUUGUUUUGUAACGCGGUUCUCUCCCUGUCAUAGCUCAGCCGGCCUCUGUCAGGAUCUCAUCCGUCUUCUCCCCUCAGGCUCCCAUGUGUCGGGGCUUCAGGUGUGGGCCCCGGGCCCAGCCUUAGAAACACCUAUGCUGACUUAGAACUCGCUAAAGCCUGAGUCCAUUGUGACCGCGUGAAUGUGUUCUAUGUUCACAUUUUAUCAUGUUUAAAUGGAAGUCCUCAGGAACCGCCCAGUUCACUCUGGGCCAGUCCUAGGGACAAUUGUUUACCUAAUCUAACUGCGUUCUGGUGACGUCCGAAGUCCUGUCAGUGGUUGUCUGCCUCUGGGAGUGUACAGAAAAGCGGGUUUGGCUUAUGCUUUCUAAGUUGGAAAGCUGAUCUCAUGAGUGUACUGGGUACUUCGAGUGGCUUGUCCCAUGAUGCUUCUCUCUGUUGAGUUAGGGCGUAGCUGGGAAGUGGUAACUAAGAAACCGAUUUUGUGUAUUUUUAUAUUGCCAUGUCCGAGACAUUCCGUUACAAAUCUCUACAGUGUGUUUGUGGUUUUAUCUUUUUUUUUUUUUAA